UAUCUUACUUCUCCGUGUUUCCACCCAUCUCGGAGACCAAUCUCGACAUCUCCUCAGCCAGGCAGCUUCCCAGCUAGCCCCUGGCCUGAGUCAAAGGCUGGUGGGCGUGUUCCACGCCUGAGGCGGUGUGUUGGACCUGGUCAAGGCUGGGGAAACCAAACCACUGUAUAAAGAGACAGCAGCUACCGGGCAGCCGGCAGCACGGGCUUUGCUACGGAUCGCUCGCCUCCAGUCCGCUGCUGUGUCCAGAGCUGCUCACCACCCCGGAAAGAUGGCACCGGUUGCGGGCAAGAAGGCCAAGAGGGGAAUCUUAGAACGUUUAAACGCCGGAGAAGUUGUGAUCGGAGAUGGAGGAUUUGUCUUUGCACUGGAAAAGAGGGGCUACGUCAAGGCUGGACCCUGGACUCCAGAAGCUGCUGUGGAGCACCCGGAAGCAGUUCGCCAGCUUCACAGGGAGUUCCUCAGAGCCGGAUCAAACGUCAUGCAGACCUUCACUUUCUACGCCAGCGAAGACAAGCUGGAGAACAGAGGGAACUACGUGGCAGCGAAGAUAUCUGGGCAUAAGGUCAACGAAGCUGCCUGUGACAUUGCCCGUCAGGUGGCUGACGAAGGAGAUGCCUUGGUUGCGGGAGGGGUGAGCCAGACGCCUUCAUACCUCAGCUGCAAGAGCGAAACAGAAGUUAAAAAAAUAUUCCAGCAGCAGCUGGAGGUCUUCAUGAAGAAGAAUGUGGACUUCCUCAUUGCUGAGUAUUUUGAACAUGUGGAAGAAGCUGUGUGGGCGGUAGAAGCAUUAAAGACAUCUGGUAAACCUAUAGCGGCUACCAUGUGCAUUGGGCCUGAAGGAGACCUGCAUGGGGUGCCGCCCGGAGAGUGUGCUGUGCGUCUGGUCAAAGCAGGCGCCUCCAUCGUCGGGGUGAACUGCCACUUCGACCCCACCACGAGCUUGCAGACCGUGAAGCUCAUGAAGGAGGGCUUGGAGGGCGCUCGGCUGAAGGCCUUCCUGAUGAGCCAGCCCCUGGCCUACCACACCCCGGACUGCGGCAAACAGGGCUUUAUCGAUCUCCCCGAGUUCCCCUUCGGCCUGGAGCCCAGAGUUGCGACCCGAUGGGAUAUUCAAAAAUACGCCAGAGAUGCCUACAACCUGGGGGUCAGGUUCAUUGGCGGCUGCUGCGGAUUCGAGCCCUACCACAUCAGGGCGAUUGCUGAGGAGCUGGCCCCGGAAAGGGGGUUCCUGCCUCCGGCUUCAGAGAAACAUGGCAGCUGGGGCAGUGGUUUGGACAUGCACACCAAACCCUGGAUCAGAGCACGGGCCAGAAAGGAGUACUGGCAGAAUCUUCGGAUAGCUUCGGGCAGACCAUACAACCCUUCAAUGUCCAAGCCAGAUGCCUGGGGAGUGACCAAAGGGACCUCGGAGUUGAUGCAGCAGAAGGAAGCCACCAGUGAGCAGCAGCUGAAGGAGCUCUUUGAGAAACAGAAGUUCAAAUCUGCACAGUAGCUGCAGGGCCACCAUUUGGGGUGAAUUCCUCUCUGUCUGGGCCGCAGCAUGCACAGAGAAGGAAGAGGUAGCUGAAAGGCAAUGCUUGUGCCCAUACCAGCCUGUACCUAUGCUUGGCAUUAGCUAGAUAAAAUAGAAUCACACAUAGCACUUUACAGCUAUAAAAGGAUGCUCUAGAAGUGUACUAGAAACCAAGAGAGGAAACGUCCACAGUAAAUCCUAAACAGAUUUCCUGAGUGUCUGCCAUGUUGACAGACAUUCCAGAGAUCACUGCAGCAAAAAGAAAAGUCACUCAGAUGUUAGCCCCACUUCAGGUAGGAGGAUGGGACAUAGUAACCACUCAGGGACCAUAUCAUAAACUGCACAUUUUAUGUAAUAGCCCUGUAAAACAGAACAUAGAACCACAAGGAAGAAAUGAAUAACCCAUUUUGGAAUUUUCUGUUUUCCCCCCUUCCAUCCCAUUUCAUUAAUAAAGACACGCUGGUUGACACGC